GUCUGGUCAGUCGAGCGAGUACUUACUCUUCAGUUGAACAAGAUGACCGUGUCUGGCGCAACAGGGGCUGCCAAACCCAAGAAACCAGCGAAAAAGCCGGAACAUCCUCCCUACGAUGAGAUGAUUACCAACGCUAUCAGCGCUCUGAAGGAACGCACGGGUUCCUCCCGGCAGGCCAUUGUCAAGCACAUCCAGGCCAACUACAAGCUGAACGAAAAGGCACCCAGGCAGGUCACCCUGAGCCUCAAGAGAAUGGUCAACAACAGCAAGCUCGUCCAAACAAAAGGACAAGGCGGCUCUGGCUCCUUCAAACUCAACAAGGACGCUGCAAAGAAACCGGCAGCCAAAGCGAAAACGACAGCCGCGGCUAAGACUCCAAAGGCUCGCCCGGCAAAGGACCAGACUGACAGCGGCAAGAAAAAAACGAGCAAACCGAAGACAGCUAAGCCCAAAACGGAGCGCAAGAAGCCAGCAACAGCUGCCAGCAAACCGCGCAAGCCCAAGGCUACUACCAAGCCGAAGUCUCCAGCUAAAGGCGCAAAAACAGCAGCAAAGAAGCCUGCCGCAAAGAAACCUGCUCCAAAGAAGGCGGGAAAGACCGGAGCAGCAAAGGGAAAGGCGGCAGCGAAGGGAAAGAAGGCGUAAGCCUAUUGGGCGUUAAGACUUUGCGCUUGUAUUAAACCGGCUUUUUUAAAAGCCACAAAUCUAUCAAACGAGAGCAGAACGUAGACCUACAGUAGCUGCUGUAUGUACAUAGACAUUUGUUGCAACGUGUACAGGGUCAAGCAACCUAGCGCACGUUAACUGCACGUGUGUAGGUUCUAGUGUGCAGUUUGUCGGUCUGUUGUCGUAGACUUGCAUUCGAAGAUAAAAUGCCGUGGUUUCAA